AUGAAUUCUUCUUUGCCAGAAGAUGAGCAAGAUUUGGAAUAUUUUAAAUUAAAUUAAAGAUUCCUUCUAAAAGGAAAUUGCAAUUUGAAUUACCAAAAUAGAGAAGCUAAAGUUAUAUCUACUAAUGGGGAAAUCAUCAGAAUGUAAGAACCUUAAUUAUUCACAAGCAUCAGAAGAAUCUAAAAAACUGGAUAAUAGAAAGCCAUUUGGUAGGGUGAAACUUUAAAUACCGUUGGAGGUUAGUAUAUAAAGAUUAGAUAAAUAUUCCAUACUUUUAAGAAAAUUGAAAUAAUUGUAGGGAAAGGGUUAUUCAAAAAUGACAAUAAGUAUUAACCAUUAAUAUAUAUUUAUUAAAGCCCAAUUAUUCUAAGUCAAUAAUUAUAAAUAGCUUCUUUUAAUCUUGAUAAAUAUAAUAAUACUAAAUGCUAAUGGUUUCUAAUUCUGAGUGAUCUGAAUGCGUUUCAUUAAGCUUUUGUUACAAUAUUAGGAUGCAUUUUACAAUUAGAAUUAAGACACAAGCCUAUUAUUGAUUAAUUUUCAUGUUAUUUGUAUAUGUAUUUAAAGAUCUCCACUUUUAUUCAAUAAUUAUAAAACAAUACUAUAAAAUACCAACUAAUGAAGGAAACCAGAAAUUUAAAUUUAUUGAUUCUCUCAAUAUAUAUUUUUGAAGCAUUGAAUCAAGAAUACAUCUGA